AUGGUCAGGCCGCAGGUGGCAUGGUCAGGAGGACCAGAAGCUUUGGCCUCCAGGCACCAAAAGUGUGACCACGGCCACUGUGGCUGCUGGAGCGCUGUGUCUGAUGAAUCCCCUUCCCAUCACUGCUCCGGGGCUGGGACUGGAGCAGCAGUGGGACAGCUGCUCCCCAGCCCCGCUCCCCCCGGGAGCCGGUUUGGCCGCACCGGGAAGCUCUCCCGUUUCCCACUCACCGACGUGCCCGCGCCGGGAGGUGCUCGGGGGAGCGUGGGCACCAAAACACCUCGACCUGGCUGCUCGGAGCCCCGCGCUCCGGUGCCCCCGGCCGGGCCCCCCGCUCGUUCGGGGGGAAGCGGCCGGAGCCGAGCGGCGCUCCGAGACCCCCCGUCCCGUCCCGGCGCGCUCCGCCCCAUCCGGUGGGCACAGGACCGAGGUGCAGCGCGCCCCGCUCCGCCCCGACGCGCCCAUCGCCCGUGGCCUCGGCCGGGCUGAUCCCGGGAUCCGAGCCGGGCCAUGCCGGGCAGAGCCGCUUCCCUGGCGCCCGCCGCGGGAGCGGCUGUACCGGGGCUGGGGGGGCUCCGGGCCGCCGCCGCGCUGCUGUGCGCGGUGCUGUGCGCCCGGCCGGGCCGAGCGGAGCCUUUCCCGUUCCCCUUUCCCUUCCAGGACCCGGCGCUGCCCUGGCACCGUCGCCUCGACGACCUCCUGGGCCGGCUGAGCCCCAGCGAGCUGGUGCUGCAGGUAGCGAGGGGGGGUGCGCUGGGGAACGGCCCCGCGCCCCCCAUCCCAAGGCUGGGCAUCGCGCCCUACAACUGGAACACCGAGUGUCUGCGCGGCGAUGGGGAGGCACCCGGCUGGGCCACGGCCUUCCCCCAGGCACUGGGGCUCGCUGCUGCCUUCAGCCCGGAGCUCAUCUACCGGGUGGCCAACGCCACUGCCACCGAGGUGAGAGCCAAGCACAACGCCUUCGCCGCUGCCGGCCGCUAUGGGGACCACACAGGGCUCAGCUGCUUCAGCCCCGUCCUGAACAUCAUGAGGCACCCGCUGUGGGGCAGGAACCAGGAGACCUAUGGGGAGGACCCGUUCCUGAGCGGGGAGCUGGCCCGCAGCUUCGUGCAGGGGCUGCAGGGCUCGCACCCCCGCUACAUCAAAGCCAGCGCUGGCUGCAAGCACUUCAGCGUGCACGGGGGCCCCGAGAACAUCCCCGUGUCCAGGCUCAGCUUCGAUGCCAAGGUGCUGGAGCGGGACUUGCGCACCACCUUCCUGCCCCAGUUCCAGGCGUGUGUGCGUGCUGGCUCCUACAGCUUCAUGUGCAGCUACAACAGGAUCAACGGCGUUCCUGCCUGCGCCAACAAGAAGCUGCUGACGGACAUCCUGCGUGGCGAGUGGGGGUUCGAGGGCUACGUGGUGAGCGAUGAGGGGGCCCUGGAGCUCAUCAUGCUGGGGCACCACUACACACGCACCUUCCUGGAGACGGCGGUCGCAUCAAUGAACGCUGGCUGCAACCUGGAGCUGUCCUAUGGCGUGAGGAACAACGUCUUCAUGCGCAUCCCCCAGGCUUUGGCCAUGGGGAACAUCACGCUGCAGAUGCUGCGUGACCGGGUCCGGCCCCUCUUCUACACCAGGAUGCGGCUGGGGGAGUUCGACCCCCCUGCCAUGAACCCUUACAGCGCCCUGAACCUGAGCGUCGUGCAGAGCCCAGAGCACCGAAACCUCUCACUGGAAGCUGCCAUCAAGAGCUUUGUGCUGCUGAAGAACUCCCGGGGGACGCUGCCCCUCCGGGCCCAGGACCUACCUGGCAAGCGCCUUGCGGUCGUGGGUCCCUUCGCUGACAACCCCCGGGUGCUGUUUGGGGACUACGCGCCGGUGCCGGAGCCGCGGUACAUCUACACCCCGCGGAGGGGCCUGGAGACGCUGCCGGUUAACGUCAGCUUUGCAGCGGGCUGCCGCGAGCCGCGGUGCCAGCGCUACUCACGGGCAGAGGUGGAGGGGGCCGUGGGGGCCGCCGACGUGGUGGUGAUCUGCCUGGGGACAGGGACGGAUCUGGAGACGGAGGGAAGGGACCGGAGUGACCUGUCCCUGCCGGGCCACCAGCUGGAGCUGCUGCAGGACGCAGUGCAGGCAGCCGCCGGGCACCCUCUGAUCCUGCUGCUGUUCAACGCGGGGCCCCUGGACGUGAGCUGGGCGCAGGCGCACGAGGCUGUGGGUGCCAUCCUGGCGUGCUUCUUCCCUGCCCAGGCCGCCGGCCUCGCCAUCGCCAGGGUGCUGCUGGGGGAGGCUGGGGCCAGCCCCGCUGCCAGGCUGCCGGCCACAUGGCCCGCAGGCAUGCACCAGGUAAGGGCAGGGCAGCCCCCGAUGGAGAACUACACCAUGGAGGGACGGACAUACCGGUACUAUGGGCAGGAGCCCCCUCUUUACCCCUUUGGUUAUGGGUUGUCCUACACCACCUUCCGCUACCGGGACCUGGUGCUGAUCCCCCCGGUGCUGCCCAUCUGUGCCAACCUCUCCGUGUCCGUGGUGCUGGAGAACACGGGGCAGCGGGAUGGCGAGGAGGUGGUGCAGCUGUACCUGCGGUGGGAGCAGCCCUCCGUGCCCGUGCCGCGCUGGCAGCUGGUGGCUUUCCAGCGCGUGGCCGUGCCGGCCGGCCGGGACACCAAGCUGUCGCUGCGGGUGCCGGCGGAGCAGCGCGCUGUCUGGGCGCAGGGCUGGCGCCUCGAGCCCGGCUCCUUCACCCUCUUCGCUGGUGGGCAGCAGCCAGAGCAGAAGCAGAGGGUGCCCUCGGAGGUGCUGAGCGCACAGUUCACUGUCACCGGUGCAUCCCGGCCCCUGCGUGAGUGCUAGGGGUGGGGACAGCCAUGGAAUCACAGAGUGGUUUGGGUUGGAAAGGACCUUAAGAUCACCCAGUUCCAGCCCCUGCUGUGGGCAGGGACCCCUCACACUAGACCGUGUCACCCAAGGCUCUGGCCAACCUGGCCUUGAAGACUGCCAGGGAUGGAGCAAUCAGCACUUCUCUGGGCACCCUGUGCCAGCGCCUCAGCACCCUCACAGUAAAGAACUUCUCCCUC